UGUCUCAGGGGUUAACUACUGUACAAAGAAUGGAAAACAGUACUGCUCGCUCGUGUACACAGAGUGAUAACGUACUGUACAUCACCUAGAAGUCACUAGUGCUUUGUGCGGCACUCUGAUUACGUGUCAGCGACAAACCUGAACUCUCUGUAUAUGGUGGUGUCUUUCUAGAAAACAACUUUUUAUUCUCCCACUUCUGUGAAGAAACCAGAAACACGAUUGAAUCAGUCGGAAUUUAGUUUCCUCCAUAAUUUUUUAACUGUCUCAAGCCAAAACGCUGCUCUUUAACAUUGUUUUUGUCCUUAUCCUUUAACUGGAGAACGUGUGCCUGAAUUGAAGGUUUUUCUGAAGUGAAAGAAGAAAAGCGGCUCGCAGCUCGCGUGCAGGUAGACGCCUUCCUCCACAGAAGAUGACCGUGUUUGAGCUGGACAUCCUAACCAGCAGAUUUCGCUUCAUCGAGUCCGUGCUGGGUCUCGCGGGCUGCGUGUGUGUGAUGUACGCAGUGUGGACACCUGACUGGCUGGGGGGUGUGGGUCUCUGGACUGGAGAAGAAGAAAAUGACACCAACUCAGACAGUUACCUCAGGGACAUGGAUUCCUCAGGAGUGCAAAUCUUUAAAGUGCUGGAGGUGGAGCCCGUGUUUGCAGUGCUGGCGUUUCUCAUGGCCUUCAGCGGCGCCAGUCUCUGCCUCAUCUUCACCUUCUGCUGGUCUUCCCGCACAACCCGCUCCUACGCCAACAUCAGAUCCCUCCUCUUGGCCGGGCAGGCUCUCUACCCCACCACCCUGCUGCUCGUCGUUCUCGUACCCACAGGGUUCUUCUUUGUCAUGUGCUGGUCCUUCUUCACCAAGCACCAUCUGGGCGAGAUCAGCAGUGACUUCUCCCGCCUGGGCUCCUCCUAUUGGCUGGGGGCCCUGGGCUGGGUUCUACUCCUGGGCGUCCUGCCUCUGACUUUCAUUGUGGAGCAGUAUGUCUGCCCUGACCUCAUGGCAGAUGUCAGCUCCUUGUUGAAGGAAACAGAAGCCAUGCAGCACAAGACAGGGCUAGGCUCCUACAAUGAAGGAAUGGAGUACUCGGGCUCAUUAAGCAGGGACAUGAGCUACAGAUCACUGCCCUAACAGGAUUUCAUUGUGAAUGAAAGGAGAAAUGCACACUACUGUAAAGCACAACAAUGCACCGAAUACAACUAGUUGAAGACCACUUGAUGCUUACCUACAAAAAUGUUACUGCUUACAAACAGUUUCAUAACCAUCUCCCAGUAGACGGCAACCAAUCUGUUCCUUUCUGUCGGGCCAUGCUUGGAAACACAGGAACACCUUCGAUGGAUACAAAGGCUUUGUUCCCUUCCAAUUAAAAAAAAUUAUCAUGCAAAAGGAAAAUUGGGAAGAAAGAGAACAAAUAACUAUGUGAAGAGCUUUAGCAUGCCAAGGAUUGUUUGAAUACCUCACAAGAGGAUCUUAAAGUCCAAACUCUGGAUCAAUUAAACUGUUUACAAACGUGAUGUGUUAGCCAACUUUUAAGCACUGCUAUUGAGUACUUAACUCAUUGUAAUUUUCCUAGCAGCAGUGCUUGAUUGUGGUUUAGAUUUUAUAUAGUGCCCUGAACAUGCAAUGCAUUUCACUUUCUGUCAGAGUUCGAAAUGUGUUACACUAUAAUUAUAUAAGUAUGUCAUUUAAAUAAUGUACAUUCUUGGAAUAACCAUUACUGUUACAGUGACUUUUGACUUCCUGUAAAAUGAAACUAUAAGGAGCUGUAGGUGCUAUACAGGUGACAACACUAAUAGUUCUCAACAAUAAGGCAGUAAGAAACAGGGUGAUAGUAAACUAUGUGCUUUUUAGAAAGGGUACAGUAGUGGAAUGACCCACUGCACAAAUCUCUUUAUGGAAAUACAGAAUAAAUAUUCUGUAACACUGGAGUUUUAAUUCUUCAGGACCAUUGUAUAUUUUACACGAUUAAGGCUUUAUCUUAUAGUGAAUUAUAUAAAAACUGCUACUAUAUUUGUAAUAAAACAUUUUUUAAAU